AUGGCGCUGUCGCGCGCGGAGCGCUGCCUCGCGCUGCUGCUGCGGCUGCUGUCGCGCGCCUGCCUCGCGCUGCUCGCGCUGCUGCCGCCGCCGCGCGCCGGCACCGCGCGCGCCGCCCCACGCGCCGUCCCUCAGCCGCGGCACGCGCUCCUGCUGCUGUCCGCGCGGCGCCUCGCGGAGCUGCUCCGCGCGCGGCAGGUGACGUGCAUCGAGGUGGUGGAGGCGUACGUGGAGAGGAUCAAGGAGGUGAAUCCCCUCAUCAAUGCCGUGGUUAAGGACAGGUUUGAGGAGGCCUUGCAGGAAGCCCGGCAGGUGGACAAGCUGCUUUUGGAGGGCCCUGGCGAUGAUUGCCUGGAGGAGAAGUUCCCCUUGUUGGGGGUUCCCUUCACCGUUAAGGAGGCCUUUUCUCUCUAUGGGAUGCCCAACACCUCUGGCUUGGUCAACCGCCGCAAUGUGAUCGCCACCUCGGAUGCCACAGUGGUGUCGCGGCUGAAGCAGGCAGGUGCCAUCCCACUGGGUGUCACCAACUGCAGCGAGCUCUGCAUGUGGUACGAGUCCAGCAACAGGGUCUACGGGCGGACCAACAAUCCCUACGACCUGCAGAGGAUUGUGGGCGGCAGCUCAGGUGGGGAGGGCAGUGUCCUGGCAGCUGCCUGCUCAGUCAUAGGUGUGGGUUCUGACAUCGGUGGCAGUAUCCGGAUGCCUGCCUUCUUCAAUGGAGUCUUUGGCCAUAAACCCACAACAGGGGUGGUGCCCAACGACGGCCAGUUCCCAAACGCCCAUGGGGUGCGGACCAGCUACCUGUGCACGGGGCCCAUGUGCCGCUACGCAGAGGACCUGGAACCUGUGUUGAGAGUCAUGGCCGGUCCUGGGGUCAGCAAGCUGAAACUGAAUGAGAAGGUGUCACUGGAGAAGAUCAAAUUCCACUGCAUGGAUCAUGACGGCGGAUCCAUUUUUGUAUCACCUGUGGACAAGGAGAUCUUGCAGGCCCAAAAGAAGGUAGUGGAGCACCUCGAAAGUGACCUCGGGGUCCGGGUUCAGCGUGUGGCAAUCCACAAGAUGAAGUAUUCUUUCCAGAUCUGGUCAGCCAUGAUGUUAUCCGAGGACAGCGAGGGGCAGGAGGCACAAAGAUUCAUUGACCUGCUGGGGGACCAUGGGAAGCCAGUGUGGCCGCUGUGGGAGCUGAUGAAGUGGCUCGUGGGGAUGUCUUCUCACACUCUCCCAGCUAUCGCCCUGGGACUGACAGAGAAGCUGGUGAACCUCAACCUCAGUGGGAAGGCCAAGCUGGUGAGCAUGGGGAAGAGCCUGCAGGAGGAGAUGGAGGCACUGCUGGGGCCGGACGGGGUGCUCCUCUACCCCUCGCACCCCACCAUCGCCCCCAAGCACCACUCCCCCAUCUGCAUGCCCUUCAAUUUUGCCUACACAGCCAUCUUCAAUGUCCUGGGCCUGCCGGUGACACAGUGCCCGCUGGGGCUGGGCAGCGAGGGGCUGCCGCUGGGCAUCCAGCUGGUGGCAGCCGCCUACAACGACCACUUGACACUGGCAGUAGCUCAGUACCUGGAGAAAGCCUUUGGAGGAUGGGUUUUACCAGGGAAAGUUUGACCUUGGGGGGCAGGUACAGAGGUGGUGACAAGUGCUGAUGCUCGAUCCUAUCAUGGCACUGUCUGCUCCCUCUGCAUCCCCCUGUGCCCUGCUGGGAGUGGCUGGUGAUGCCUCCAGCCCAGGAACAGCUGGGCCAUUGCCACUGGAGCCCUCAUCCCUGUGGCACCCUCUCUCAGGGAGAGACCUGCCUUUCCCCAGCCCCCUCAGGAACCCCAGUGCCGCAGUCUGAGGAUGUCCUGCCUGCAUCCUGCCUGCAGUGGGCACAUGCCCACCUUUUCCAGACCAUGGAGUUGGCCAGUUCUGUAACUUUUGUGCUUUCAAAACGCUGAGA